AUGAAAGAUUGGCCUUUAGAUGGUGAAUGUGAAAGGUUCAAGACAACUAUACCCAACUCGGGAUUAUCAACUGCUGCCAAGAACUCAAUGUUGAAACAUGAUCGGGUCGUGAUAUCAGCUUUUGUGGAGAGAUUGUAUCCCGAGACUGACACCUUUCACAUGUCGUUUGGGGAGAUGACCAUUACUCCAAAUGAUGUGAGGCAGAUUUUUAAUCUCAAUGACCAUGGUGUAGUUUUCAAGUAUAACUACAUAAAGCAGUUAAGUUGGGAACAACUUUAUGAUUUGUGUAAAAAGUGUUUUGGUUGGGAUAAAGAGACAUCAUACAUUGAGUUCAACAGGUGCUUUUCUUGCAAAACUAGACAGUUUAACAUGAGUCAGUUGAUCAAGAUGUUCAAAGGCACUUCCGAGAAAGAAAAUCAAGGACCGUUAAGUAAUGCCGAAGUGGAUGCCGCGGCCACCGCCUAUCUCUUGUGUGUAUUGGGAUGUGUCAUUUUCCCCAAUGCUAGUGGCAACCGAGUAGACGCCAACCUUCUACAACUAUUGCAUCCUCUCAAUAAGGUAGCUGACUACUCCUGGGGCACGACAUGCCUGGAAUUCUUGAUGGAGGAGUUGAGAAAUGCGUCGAGGCUUAGAACUAGCCAAAUUGACGGGAAUGUGAGUCUAUUCCAGACAUGGAUCUAUGACCACUACCCUAGUCUGAAAUUGGCAGAUGUGAACACACAGUGGGAGAAAGGUACACCGAGAGGAACAAAGUACAAGUUCACAAUCAAGGAAAAAGGAGCAGCAAUUGGUUCAAUUGAGGGAGAAAUUAGACUCAAUUAA